ACCAUAGCUAGGAUUUAAAGUUAUUUUGACUGUAAAAAUAUGCAGAAAUAAACCGAACUGAAAUUGGAUUUUCAUUCUAGCUCUGUACAAAUAUUUGAAUGGGAAAUAAUUAAACAUUGCAUUGGAAUUGAUUAUCGCCUCUGGCUUUGGAUUUCCUUAUUUAUUCAGGUCAAGGUCAAACGAAGGCCUCCAAGCGCCGUGAGAGUAACGGGGAGCAGGGCCCAUCACCAAAGAAGGAAGCAAAGAAAUCUCCAAAGAAGUCAAGGGGAUCGAAAGGGUCAUCUAGUACGUCAAGGUCACCAAGUAGCGAGUCACAGCUUAAAGGUCAAAUGCAAAUAGAAGAGAGGGAAGCCUCUCCAACUAGAAGAUUGGGACCUUCAUCUCAAUCUCAAGGUGUGAAUGGUGAACAAAAUGGUGUGGAAGACGUUAAAACUAUAUUAAGUAAAUCUCCUCCAAAACCGAAACGGACAUAUGAGGUGGAAUUUAUAGAACCAGAAAAAGAAAAUGUGCCUGAUGGAAUGGAUGAAUUAGAUGUUUCCGAAAUUCGUAAAGUUGAAUCUAGUCCUACAAAAACUUCUUUUAAAAUGAAUGGUGAACAUGAACCUUUUACCCCUGUUAAAGCAAGUGAUUUAAAUCAUGUUCCCCAGGCAACGUCCACACCAGCCCCUAAUGGAAUAUUGAGUACGGGAACGGCACGGCAGCUGAGUUCUGGCAGAUAUAGUGAUGAUGAUCACACGGAUGUUAGUGACGACGAGGCAUAUGCUUCUGAACAACAGUUUCGUUCAUCUAGUCCGACUGCCUCGAAUGUCUCUUUGAAAUCCUUUUCUACCAUAAAUAGUUCAUCAUUACGUACAAAAUCGGAUUCCUCCUAUGAGAAAAAGGUAGAAGUGAAUUAUGGGAAAUUUUAUAACCAGAGUUAUCUCAAUAAAGGCUCACAGAAUUACAUGACUAGGGGUCGCACAUUAUCAGAACCGAAGAUCAAGAAUAAUGUGAAUCAAUUUAUUAGACCAGCAAACUUUUCCUACUCAAAAGAACCACCCAGCUUUCUGAAGAAUAAGAAAGGAGGCAUGAUGUCAUUAGCUCAAGGUAAAACUGUAGUAAAGACAAGAAGGAGUUCCUCCCCAGGCCCGAGUUCCAGCACAGCAACUGGUGUCCGUAAGAACACGGAGGCUGUUCGAAUGAGUAUGUGGCCUGGAGGAAAACGGCCACCUCCUAAAGAGAUAGCGAAAAUCGAACGUGAUGAUUGGCCAGCUCCUCCUUCGCCAGCAGCUAUCCUGCCGGAAAUUUUACGUCAGCGAAGGAAAAGUCGAGGUGAGGAGGAUGACGAUGAUGAACCGAUUGUCGAGGAUCCAAAAAUAAAACGAGAAAUAGAGGAACUUAGGAAAUUCAAGGAUGAAUCAGGAAUUGGAAAAGUCAUCUACAAUGAACUUGAGGUUGCUAAGCAACAACCCUUAAAAGCAUUGGAUCCUUGGAAAUCUUCACGUGUGCCAAAUGCAGCAUAUGAACCAAAGUAUCAGACUCGAUAUCAGAGUCCAAUGUUUGCAUCUCCUUCUCGAUUCCUUGAUCGUACAAAGAGAUCAUGGGAUGAUUGUGAUAUACGUGCUGGAUAUAGAACUAUUGCAAUACAUGGACACAUACCAGCUCCAAAACCAGGAUAUGGACUUGCUCCACGUGCAGCAACAUUACCUGUAUCUGGCAUGUAUGGUGGACCAUUAGAUUUAGAUUAUAGAGUUUAUGAUCUAGAUGUGUCGUCUGGUAGAGAUACGCGAGUUUCCACAUCGUCCAUUAAUACAGAAACUAGUAAAGUUACAAGCACCAUAUUUGACCAACCAGGUGUGUCACUUAUGACGUUCCAGAAAAGUUCCUGGCACACAGAUACUAAACCUCCAGUGUACAAUUAUGAAAGAUUGAAAAUCUCCAACUUUGAUUUACCCAAAGAUGUUGAUAGAGAUCAGUUAGAGAUUCAUCUACCCAAAGAAGAAUUUGAGGGCAUUUUUAACAUGUCAGUGGAGGAAUUCAGACAUUUACCCGAGUGGAAAAGAAAUGACAUGAAAAUGAAAAAAGAUCUGUACUAGCAGAAAACCCUUAGUGCUUAUAGACAAUAAAUUGUGUUCAAAUUUUAUUUUUGUAAUUGAUCAUAUGGAGAGAGACACACACAGAGAGAACGUAAUUUCCUUACAACAAAAGUUCCUGCUUUGUCAUCAUAUUGUAAAAGUUUCUCGUUUAAAGCUAUAGGAAAGAAAAUAUAUAUAUAUAUACCUGCCACCCCCUUACAUCAAUAGUGUAUGAUCCUUACAUCUAUAGUGUAUGAUGUAAUGAUGAAAAUGGAAGCAGCCAUUGUUUAGAAAAUAGUGUGUAGAUUAUCAGCAAUUAUCUAAAGAAGGGUAUAUGUCAGAUAAUUUAGUGAUCCAAAUUUAGAAUGUUUGUCUAACUAUUCUAGAAAACCAUAGCAACGGACAUCUGAAAUAAUCCAUUCCAAAAAUGGCAUGAGGACAUUGUAUGGUCUCAAGGGUGUGAAAUGUGUACGCUUUAGCAGGAAGACUUGAUUGAUAAUAUUUGUUAAGCGGAGAAAAUUUCUUCAUUUCAACAAAUUGAUUGAUGAAAAUGGGGAAUUGUUCAAAGUUUGAGGGAAAAGUUUGAAAGAAAGAGGAUAUGAUGUUCCAGUACUCUAAAGAUCUUUAGAUCUUGUCUGGUAACUGGAGCAAAGAUAAAGUUAAGAUAGGAGUAUGCAAGUAUGGAUACGGUUAUAUGCAGACAUUAUUAUUCUAACUAGAAGCUUUUAUUUUCUGUCAUAUUUGAAUUUGUUACAAGUGUAAUAAAAUGUUUAUUAAAAUACCUAUCACGUUUAAAAUAUGAUAUUUUGCUAGAAAUAGAAAUUUAUAGAAUCACUGUUAAAAUCUAAACCAAAUGAUCAUGUCUAAAGUAUUUUGAUCUUAGAAAUGUUAUGAAAAAAGUGUAGCUACAUCAUAUUUUUCUCAAAUUUUACAUGGUAGUUUGUGUUAGCUUAGCAACAUUUAUUUGAUUUCUGUAUCACCAAUAUGCUUUAUUGAGUAGUAGGUUAUAGUGUAACUGUGCUAGAUUGCAAUAUGAAGAAGACAGGUAUAAUAUAGGUAACGUGUAUCAUAUAUUACAUGUAAGUGGUGUAACCUGUAAUAUGAUAUAUCUGUAACAGGUGAUAUAUUUAUUGUAGAUAACUCUGUAACAAGAGUAUCUUUAUGUCAUAUCAUAGAAAAAAAACGUCAAAGGAUCCAGUCCAACAUAACCCUAGGUGUCUGUAAUCAAAGGAGAUAUUGGUAUAUAGAUGUGGCUCAGAUUAAACUGAUGUUCUUUAUAAGACAUGUACACUGUUAAAGCUGUGAAAUAGAUUACUUACAUCAUUUACAAUUAAUUAAGUUGUAUGAUCUUAAGAAAUAUACUACUUUAUGUACCAAUGUUUUGGUCAGAAAAUGAAAAUGCAACGUGCAUAAAAAAGAGUGAAAAUUGAAUUCUUGUUAAGCUUUUUUGGAAAACACAGUUAAGACAUCAUCAAAUUUCUAGAAGCUUUCAACGAUAAUUGUCAAGUUAGAGAACACGUGUAUAGUAAUACUAAGUCAAAGAGUCGCACAAGAGAGAAUGUUGUUGUUUAAUUGUGCAGGUUAGAGGAUGAUUCAAUGACUGCAGAAAUCAUACUGCUAUAAGAUGUUUCGAUGUGUUUAUAUCUCUAUACUGGAGAUCAAGGUUCUGAUGUGAAAUAGUUGUAACUUUUAUUAUUUGUUUAAAGGCCUUUUAUGCCUCACUAAUGCCUUUAUUUGUAUUUCUCAAAAGUUUUAUUUUUUGGUGUUCCCAAAAGUAAAUCAUUGGCAAAUUGCCUGAACCAUCUUUUGAAUGUGUUGCAUUUCGGUUUUUUGUACAGAUAUAGUAAUUUAGUACUUUGUAUGGAAGUCAAAAAUAUACUAUGUUGUUUACAUUUUGCAACUUUGUCAGCAAAUUAUUUCACAUUCUGCUCUAAAAUUUUCUAUAGAUGAUAAGUAAGUAUCCUAAAAUGCUCUAAAACCAUUAUUUAAACUUUAUAAAAAGCAUGUAUGUUCUUUCUAAAGAGGAUAAAUUUAUUUGUUUCUUAGGCAUAAUGUGCCUUUAACAAGGAAAGGUACAACUGUUUACACAUCAAGCCAACACAAUGGUCAUUUUUUGAUGGAUGAAAAUAAAGCCAAACAUUGUCUUCAUUUUCGCAACAUUUUUUUCACAUUAAGUAGUUGAAGGCAAUGUUUCAUAUAAAAUCCACAUAGUAAUGUGCAAUCACUUUUUUUCCAGCUUGCUUACAUAGCUAUUUUAAUCCAUUAUCUCACUCUUAAUCACAUUGUUGAAUCCUUGAUCAACUUUCCAGACCAUCACAUCAAAAGUCUGUGACAUUCAGGCAUAAAUAACAAUUGUUGUAUUUCUUAAAACAACAAAGAUUUGUCAAUUUUCUUAUCCUUUUUCAGUAUCUUCACUUAAAAUAGUUCUGAAAAAUUUGUUAAGACUUCAUUAAAAAUGUUUCCAUUUUUCAGAAAUAUUUAAAUUUACUACCAUUAUGAGAGAUGAGUUGGUCACGUACACACAUAUUUUUGAUCACAUGACUAAGAAAAUGAAGUAUGCAUCAUUUUCCUGUGUAGUAAUGGUAUGAUUUAAUAUUGGUAAAAAAUCUUAAUUGUUUAUGUGCCAUUAUCAACAUUUCGAGCUAUGAAUGUUUAUUUUUUUGUCUUCUAUUGUGCUUUAUAUAUUCACCUGUCAUAUUAAUUAAUUUAUCUCACACAUAAUGUGGGGUAUUAUUUGUUUGUUCUGUGGAAUUAAAUGCUGGAUAAAAUCUAGAUUUGUUAAAGUUGUGAAAUGUACAUGUUAUCCUUGAAAUACCUAUAGCCACUGGUCUAGUGUUCUGUCCGAGAAACCUGUGCUUGAUGUCUCAAUCUGGUCUAUCAUUGCAACUGUACGUAAAAAAAAAAGAGAUUUCUUAAAGCUUAAUUGCAAUUGUAAAUUUAAGGAAAAAUUAAUUGUAAAAUAAAGUUGAAAAUAUUGUCAUUCUAACAUUAUUCAUGUUUCACUGUUAUUUUAUUGGACAGAGUUAGACCCCUUUUAUGAUUGACACUGAUUAUUUCUCAGGUAUUAUCUAUGUAACAAAAAGGACAUGAAUUUCAGAGUUAUUGCCCUUUAUUUAGAAGUAAACCACUUGCAGUUACAUCAGUUUCAAUAAAUUUACACAGUUUUUAUUGGAGGCAUAUAGAAUGUGUAUCUCAUCAAGUAAAACUAUUAAUAUGUGCCCUCAGGUACACAUAGGGGUACCUGAGGUAUUGUCCGACACAAACAAACAAACAAAAAAGUACUAAUGUUUAUGAACAGAAAGAUAAGACUUAAGACAUUCUGUGGCUAUUAAGGUAUUUCUUGGAACAUUGGAGAAAAAGUUAAAAUCAAAAAUAGGUUGUGGACAAUCAUACCAAAAAAAUACAUUAUUAUCAUUGUUAAAUCUCUAGUAAAUUAUCUUAGCAAAGUAUAUAAGAGAACAGAUUAUCUUUUUAAAACCUGUACAGUGAUUAUAAACAUAUCUUUAAAUGAAUUGUCGUGUUGUGACUAUUUAUAUAUUGUUUUUAUUAUUAUUUUUUUAAUUUAAAGAUUUGUGGAGAGUUUAAGAGAUUCCUUCAUUACAAAGAUUUUUUUUAACUUACUAGUAUCGAUAUGCAACAAUAGUGUCCUUGAUAUAUAUAUACAUGUACAUAUAUUUGCCGUUAUAAUUGCUUUAUAUACCGAGUCCACUACUGUGCCGUGAAAUUAUAACGUCGGUAACAUGUGAUUACAUUCUAUCAUUAUGAAGGAAUCCUUAAACUAUGCCACUGAUUCUGGUACAGAUUCUAUUUGUAUAGUUUUACACCAAAGGAGAUGAUAAUGUUUAUUAUCUAAUUCAUAAUUAGAUACAUGCAAUUAAUUAUUCACCAUUUAAAUGCUUCACUAGAUGAUCUUUUUUUUAAAAUCUAUAUGUAAGAAAUGUGAGUUAUUGAUUGGGCAUCUUUCGAUGUGAAUUAAAAUAUGAUACCCUGAGAAAUUAAACAGUAUUCUAUAUAAUAAGUUAUUGUUACGUCAGAUAAUAUAUGUUGUUGCCUUAGUGUUAUUUCUGUCUAUAUAAUGUACCUUGUUUUGUCACCUUUGUGUCAGAUAAUUGAAGUCAAUAACAGAGUACUGUAAUUCCACACUGAGGCAGCACACUUAACAACUAAUCA